AUGGGUGCUCAAGAACUGGCACCGACAGGAUAUGCGAUCAUAUCCUGGACCACGGGCUGGGCUGUUCUUGAUUUUGAUAAAGUCUUCUCCAUAUCCGCAGAAUAUCUCCGUCCAGAUGGCGGCAAAGCGUACGCAAUCGUUUCCCGCAUUUCUCUAGAAGUUGUCUCUCGUGAAUGGAUCUUCUCGCCGAGGGAAGUCAAACUGGAGCGGAGGAUCAUUCUAUUCGACGUGUGUGACGCAGCGAUAUACAUAUGUCGCCUUCGAGAGUUCAUUGUUCCCACCAAAUGGCGAUACCUAUCGUUGCAAAAGAAUCAAAGCGUCACCAGAGGGCAGUCAAGGAGAAGUAGCAGGAAUGAAACCGGGAGAUUCGAGUGUAGUUACAACCCUGAUCAACCGGAGAAUAACUUCCGCGAAUCAAGCCCAUCUGUAAAAAGCACAAACCACGGCAAUGCAGCAAAUGCUACCACGGUCAUCCCCAGAGAUAAGUACGCCGUAUGCACCGGGAUGGGAUGA